AUGGCGGCCGAGCACGUUCCGUGGGCCGCAGCCAUUCUGUGCUACAUCCAGUACGCCAUCCUCAUCACCUUUGGCCACCUUCGUGACCACGCGGGCAGCAUCUUCGGUGGCUCGCGCUACUCGGACAAUGCCAAGAAGGGCUACGCUCCGCUCCUCGUGGCCUUUGAGAACUUUUACACGAAGCGCAUCUACCACCGUCUACAGGACGUGUUCAAUCGACCAGUGGCUGGCUCACCUGGUGCGCAGAUCGAUCUGAUUGAGCGGUACUCGGUCGACGAAAACAAGACGCUGCAUAACAAGGACGGAUGCAUCCAGCGCUGCGUGAACCUUGGCUCGUACAACUAUCUCGGCUUUGCCGACGACUGGAUGAACACGUGCAGCAAGGAGGUGUUUCCUGCUGUCAAGCAGUUUGCACUGGCGUCGACAGUGCCGCCCAUGGAGUUUGGCACGACGUCGGUGCAUGUCGCGUUGGAGAAGGCACUGGCGAAGUUUAUCGGAAAAGAGUCGGCGAUCGUGUACAACAUGGGCUACGCCACGAAUGUCACGAGCAUUCCAGCGCUCACGGACAAGGGCACGCUCAUUCUCAGCGACGCACUGAACCACACUUCGAUUGUCAAUGGGGCACGGGCAUCGGGCGCUUCGGUUGGCGUGUUUAAGCACAACGACCCUCAACACCUUGAGAAGGUGCUUCGUGCGAAGAUUGUGGAAGGCCAGCCACGGACACACCGUCCGUGGAAGAAGAUCAUUGUCAUGAUCGAGGGCAUCUACUCGAUGGAGGGCGAAAUCGUGCGUCUGCGUGAAAUGGUGGAUAUCACGAAAAAGUACAAGGCCUACAUUUACGUGGACGAGGCCCAUAGCAUUGGCGCACUGGGCAACACAGGCCGUGGUAUCUGUGAAUACUCGGGAGUCGAUCCAAGUGAGAUUGACAUUUUGAUGGGUACGUUUUCCAAGAGCUUUGGCGGCAUGGGCGGCUACAUUGCUGCGUCAGAAGAGAUUGUUGGCUUUAUUCGCAACUCAAGCGCCGGUGCAGUCUACGCCACGAGUUUGUCGCCCGUGGUCGCUCAGCAGAUUCUGACCGCGCUGAACAUUAUCGCUGGUCUAGACGGCACGGACAUUGGCCGCAAGAAGCUCGACUCGCUGCGCACGAACAGCAACUACUUUCGCCAGAAGCUGAUCGAUAUGGGCGUGAUUACGUUGGGUGACUUCAACUCGCCUGUGAUCCCGGUGAUGCUGUAUCACAUGUCAAAAGUGGGCGAGUUCUCCCGCGAAUGUCUGAAGCGCAACUUGGCUGUGGUGACGGUGGGCUUUCCAGCUACACCACUGCUUCUAGCCCGCGUCCGUUUCUGCGUCUCUGCGGCCCAUACGAGAGAGGAUAUUGAUGCAGCUCUAGUAGCGCUGAAGGAGGUCUCAGACUUGUGCAAUAUCCGCUUUGCGAAAAAGGCAUAG